AUGCAGCAACAUAGCGAGCUCAUCACUAUGUCAUAUAUUGAUCUGGGCCAGUUUUUGCGAUGUGCUAGCCUCCUUAAGGAUGACAUCAUCCAGCCUCAGCCGUACACUGUCAGCAUCACGGCUGCCCCUGAUAUACUGCCCCCCUCAAUAACCAACUUUCUCUCAGAUGUGGUCGCUAUAUCACCUAAAGCUGUGGAUGCACUGUGGGAUAUCAUGAAGGAUCUAGCAUGGGUUCUACCCACUGCAGAUGAGGCCAGAGCUGAUGAAGAGAACAUGUUCAGGCUUUAUGGACACCAGUGA